AUGCUGGCUACGGCGACGCAAGCUACGCUUCGGAAGUUGAAAAAGGCAGUGUUGGUCGAAAUGUGUGAGGCGAGGGAGCUUGAUACGGAGGGCACCAAGGAGCAAUUGUCACAAUGGCUCAUUGAAUGGAGGGACUCUACAUCACGCUCGACCUCUUCAGCGUCUACCGCUCGGCCAGAAACCCCGACCAAUGAGUCGUCUCCGGCUACGAAGACCCAUUCAGGCCGGAAGAAAAUUUCGGUUCCGAAGCUCCUUCAAGACCAUAGCGAGGUUGCAGAUCCGAAUACGCCAGCUCACUCGCACGGGGAUACAAAAGAGGAUGUAGAGGCGGACGGAGCGCUCGACUUGGAAGAGUUGGGUCUGGUGGACAAGGAGAUUCCUGUCGAGCAGAUCCAGAAGGGAGACAAGAUCGGGAGUGGAGGUUUCAAGGACGUAUUCAUCGGGAAGCUGAGGGGCCGUGUCAAGGUGGCCGUAUGCGAGUUCCGAGACGAGUUGAGCGAGAUGGACAUCCGAGAACUCAAAUUGUUGGCGGAAUUCAAGCAUCCCAAUAUCGUCCGGCUCCUCGGUAUUGCCAUUCCCGAGCGAUCUUUACACGUCCCAUGCAUGGUGGUGACAGAAUUGUGCGAAAAGGGAGAUCUGUUUGAUUACAUCCGAAACGUGGAUCUCCCACCCGUCAACAAGGUGCUCAAGAUGAUGUUGGACAUCGCUCAAGGAUUGACCUAUCUGCACGAUCGAAAUCCCCGAGUGAUACAUCGAGAUUGCAAAUCGUCCAACAUCCUAAUCACCAACCGAGGAGUCUGCAAGGUCGGCGAUUUCGGUCUAGCUCGAGUGAAAAACACGACUCGAAGCGUGAUUCGAUCACUCGUCGGCACCGUCAACUGGCAAGCUCCAGAACUCUGGAGUCCUAAACCGCGCUACGACUACAAGGUAGAUGUAUUCAGCUGUGCAAUGGUCUUUUGGGAGAUGCUAGCAGGCUGGUUGACGGACAAGAAAAAGUACCCGUGGGAGGGCGAAAAUGAACACUGGAUCUACCUCAAUGUAGGCCAGAAUAAAGUCAGACCUGAAACAGAACCAUUGACCGAACAUUGGGGAUCCGACCUGGUUAAUCUCAUGGAACGUAUGUGGCAUCAUGACCCGAACGAAAGACCUCUGAUGAGCGAUGUGGUGGACGAUCUCACCGCCAUCAUGGAAGCACGUCGCCGUGCGUAA